CCUAAAAACUUUUUCCCUGUUUUUGAGAAGUCAUUUCUUAAGGAACCUGAUUCAUUUCAGAAUUGCAUUUAAAACGAGCAAACGUUGACGUAUAUGGGUCACGUGAGCGCAUAAUUCGAGGUAUUAUUUUGGCAUUUGGAUGGAAAGGGCCUUGUCGUCUCGCGGCUGUGUUUCACCCAGUCAUCAACUCUGCUAUUAACAACUGGCUGGUAAUAACACAACAAAUAGGAUAAGAUCGGGGUUUCGCAAACCGCUAACCAAAGAAGACACUGUGAGGGUUCUUUGAACGCCUUGGAAAAAGUUCCAGGAUGAAUUCAAAUAAAAUAAUGUAUAUGGAGGGAAGGCAAAAGUACUUUCGUUGAUUGAUCAUUAAUCUGUCCCUACACCUUAUCAAGACUCGUUGUUGUAUAAAAUCUUUUGGUGAUACAGGACACAGUAUCGGUCAACUUCCAAGAGGCCGUUGGAAAGAGACAGUCACGUGACCUCUGGUGCCAAUGUUCUUCCAGAAGGUCGUCAGGACCCUGGUAGCCGGUGAAACCAUUUUCGGAAAUGCAGAAAACUACCUAUUACGACAACUCGACGCUUUUCGGAGGCUACUCAUACCAAGGGGCCAACGGCUUCUGCUACGAUGCGCCGCAACCACCCUACCAGUCUUCAGCGCACCUGGAGAAUGACUACCAGAGGUCUGCCUGCUCGCUGCAGUCCCUUGGCAAUGGCACUCAGCAGGAACAUGCAAAAACGAAAGAGCUCAACGGGAGCUGUAUGCGCCCCAGUCUGCCACCUGAACACCACCAAGCCCCCCCUGUCUCUCCUCCCCAGAACCCCGCUAACGCCACUAACAGCAGCUCGGCUCAGCAGUCAGGCAGCAGCAGCGGCGGCGGUACCGUGAAAACAGCCCCGUCCAAGACCUCAGCACUCCCCCCUAAUCCCACUAUCACCAAACAGAUAUUUCCCUGGAUGAAGGAAUCGAGGCAGAACUCGAAACAGAAAAACAGCUCCCCAAGCGCAAGUACAACUAAUGCGGAGAGCUGCAGCGGCGAGAAAAGCCCCCCGGGUUCUGCGGCAUCCAAAAGAGCACGCACUGCGUACACGAGCGCGCAGCUGGUGGAGCUCGAAAAGGAGUUCCACUUCAACCGUUACCUGUGCAGGCCCCGGCGCGUUGAGAUGGCCAACCUGCUCAACCUAAGCGAACGGCAGAUCAAAAUUUGGUUCCAGAACCGGAGAAUGAAGUACAAAAAGGAUCAGAAGUUGAAGGGAAUUGGUUCUUCCUCUGGCGGACCCUCGCCCACUGGAAGCCCGCCUCUGCCCAUGCAGUCAUCUGCUGGUUUUAUGAACUCCAUGCAUUCAAUGACUGGCAACUACGAUGCCCCUUCUCCGCCAUCUUUUAACAAGCCUCAUCAAAAUGCUUAUGCCAUGUCUACAGCCUACCAAAACCCGUUGAAAACCUGCCCCUCACAACAGAAGUAUGCCAACACGGCGCCAGAAUACGACCCUCACGGUCUACAGGGUAAUGGUGGCAGUUAUGGAACUCCCAAUAUCCAGGGUAGCCCUGUGUAUGUAGGAGGGAACUAUGUGGAUUCAAUGCCCACCUCGGGUCCGUCUCUGUACGGCCUUAAUCACCUGCCACACCACCAGUCUAAUAAUAUGGACUACAAUGGUGCUGCACAGAUGCCAACCAGCCAACAUCACGGACCAUGUGACCCCCACCCGACAUACACAGACCUGUCAGUGCACCAUCCUUCUCAGGGUAGAAUCCAGGAAGCGCCCAAGUUAACGCAUCUGUAGCAGGUUUGGAAAUAAAACAAUACUAACACAUGGGGCGCUGCAAUGGGAUUGGAAAAAAUGAUCCAGUGGUUUCUUGUCACAUUUAAAGUUGUCCAUGUUUGUGCUGCCGUAUUUUUGUUACAAGUGUGAUAUCCUUCCUCACAUGGUAUUUUUACAUAACCUAUAUUCUGAAAACAUUGUUAAAGACCAAGUUGGAAAAAGCAUUUCAUGUAAUGCAAUUUACCAUUGUAUGCCCUACCGACAUUUUAAUUCUUUGAAAGUAGAACAAACCUGUUCUUGCUUCAGCAUACCUUAACCAGCUGUAUGUUGACUCCACAGAAGCGCAACACAAUUAUGAUUGCCCUGAGUAUGUAACCAUCCUCUUACAAGUUCCUGACGGGUACAGGAAAACCACUGGAUUAUUUUAGUUUACUUUCCUUUUUCACAUUACCUCUAUUUAAACCCAUCACCUUAACUAACCCAACUGUCUUUGGAUAUUUUAACUCAUCUGUUCUACCAUAAGAAUGGAAAGACCACACAUGUCUUUGCAUCACAGAAUAUCCCCCCUCCUGAGUUAGGUUGUAGGGCUGUUAUACACAUAGCAGGCAACAUAAAUGUCCAUCAAAUCUGGAUAAAAGUAUUUACUUUGUCUUAAGCACAGUAUUUAAGAGCUUAAAACUCGGAUUCUGCAUAACCUUCAUUGCCCCCUUGUUUUGAUGUUCCUUCUCUCAGUCUUUAGGGUUCACUGACAUGAGGCAAUAUUAAUCUUGAAAACCCAUAUUUUCUCUUCUCUUGACUUAACGUGAAAACAGGGUAUAUGUGAACAAAAUGUAUGUCCAAGAAAUUAAGCAAAAGUGAGGAUGUCUAGAUAUGCACUAAUGCUUCGUUUCCUCUGGGCAUCAUUGUUGCACUUAGAGUUUACAUUUUAAUGGGUUAAAAUAUUUUGAAACGGAAGACCCCCAAUCAGCUCAAUCGUGGGCGCCUUCCUGUAUGUGUGUUCGAGUGAACAUUCAUUCAUAAAUAUAUAUAUAUUUAUUUGUUA